AGCCAGAAGAACUGUCUUUCUUGAGGUUUCUUUGGUUGUUUAUUAUGCUAACUCAGCCUAGCUAGGUUGAGAUUUAUUAGCUCUAGGAACUCUCUGAAUUUGUGUAUAAAACGAUCGGAUUUGUGAGUAAAGAUGGGAUGUGAUGGAGGAACUAUUCCUAAAAGACACGAACUGGUUAAAGGACCAAAGAAGGUGGAAAAGGUGGACAAAAAUGCAGAACUUGCUGCCAAGUGGAAAUACUGCAGCCUGAGCCAAGAGAAGCUACGCCGGCCUAUUGUGGCCUGUGAACUCGGGAGGCUGUACAAUAAAGAUGCCAUCAUUGAGUAUCUGUUGGAUAAAUCAGCUGAAAGACCAAACACUGAAGUUGUUGCACAUAUACGUAGCAUCAAGGAUGUGAAAGAGUUGAAUCUGACUGAAAACCCAGCAUGGGAAGGGGAGAGAAGGAAUGCUAAGGGUGACUGCUAUGAAGACGUACACUGUGCCAUGUUUAUCUGCCCUGUAGUGGGGCUGGAAAUGAACGGCAAACACAAGUUUUGCUAUUUGCAUACCUGUGGCUGUGUGUUUUCAGAGCGAGCUCUGAAGGAGGUGAAGACAGAAAUCUGCCAUAAGUGUGGAGACCCCUUUCAUGAAGAUGACAUUGUGAUGCUGAACAGCAGCAAAGAAGAGCAAGAGAAGCUGCAGAAGGCAAUGGAGGAGAGAAGGGCCAAGGCUAAAAUAGCAAAGAAGUCUAAGAAAAGCAAGGCUCUUGAGACUGUUCUUAAAUCACCAGAAACAACAGUGCCUGAGACAAAGUCAGCAGAAGUAAAUGGAGAGAGCAGCAGCAGUGUCUCAGCUCCAGGACCCUCUGGCUCUUCAAAGCCAGUGAAGGCCACUGCUGCAGCAGGGAGUAAAAGAUCAAUUCAGGACACAGAGACGUCUGAGGCCUACAAAUCCAUCUUCACAUCUCACAGCUCUGCUAAGCGUACCAAAGACCAGAUGUCCAACUGGGUUACCCACACACCUUACCAUUUUUAAGAGCCACAUGAUUAGUAAUGAUGGCAUUUGCAUUUUGACCUAAUUUAGCAUUUAUGCUUUCUGGCUUUAAUACAGGAUUCUCUCAAACACCUACUUUGUAUAAGCAUUUGUUUCUAGCAUGUUUGUAUUUAUCAAGCAAAACAUAUUUUGAAACCCUUUUAUUCCAUAUUUUCGUGUGUAUUCUGUUAUUGUUGGCCUUAUUUUCCCUACAGUAGUCUUGUGAUACAUUUAACUGUUUUAUUCAGAUGGCUGGCUCUGUUAUGCACUGGGGGGCAUUUUGCUGACAUGGUCCGGGUCUACUUGUCCUCUAGCAAGGAAAGGUUAUAGCAAAUUAGUAUACAUUUAUUUUAAACAUUUCUAUACUGAUAGGAGAGGUCUCUUCCAGGCAGCAACAACACCCUCAUCUACAUGGUACAAUCAGAAAGUCAUAUGGCAUGCCAGUCUCACUAGAUAUCAACCAUUUUGUAGCUGUCCAGUGUAACAGCUUCAGUGUGCCUUGGUAUUAAUGAAGGUGAUUGUUCAAAAUAACCUUGUACUGAUUUUGAAUGCCCAUCCACUCUAAAGUGAAAAAUGGACAAAAAACAUUGCAACAAAAUGCUACCACUGCAUAACACAGCCACCAGUUUUAAUUUGUCACCUGUCUAUAUACGUCUUGUGUGACAGCAUAUUCUGAUAAACUUUGUAAAGACUUGCCAGAAGAUGGCAGUGUGCUUCUUAUAAUGUCAUGCUCUGAAGGGUGCAUGAUUUAUAAAUAAAGGUCUUGGCAAACUUUU